UGAUGAGCUGAACGAGCAACGCGAUUUCGUCCAUGGUAGUGCUGUGGUACCCGCACCAGAUCUCCAUCAACUGGGGAAUUUAGGAGGUGAGAUCAAAAGAGCAGGCGAACCCCCUUCAUUUCUCAACGCAGAUCUCCCCAUCUGUACCACGCGGAUAUCGGAUCUGGAGAUUCCAAUGUUGUAGUUCAGAUCAAUCAGACCCGUCAACCAUCGGCAGCUCCCGCAGCAGAUAUGGAGACUCAUGCUCAAUUGGACACGGAAAUACCUAAUCCUAACGGGAACAAAGACGUAUACGCGUCUGACGGCCAUCAUGAUUUAGCCGACACUCCUCCCGCACCACCCACGCUACCUGAUCCCUUUAUACCUCCAACGCAACUUAGUAUACCCGACAUCGAAGAUACUCACCUUCUCAGGGUCCCAGAACAUGAUGCACCAGAGGGUUCUGUCGUUGAUAGCGUCACUGCUGAGCCUCCGUCAACAUGCGGGGAAUCGCCAGAUACGAAAUUUUCGGAGGAUAUAGGGAGGCGACACGAUAAUCCACCUGACUCCCAUGGUAUGAAGACUGAACAACGAGAUGGAACGCGUGCCACUAAUGAGACCGAUGCCACUGCUGUGCACGCUUCGGUUGGAACGUCGGGCGUCCAAGAAAUAAAGGGGUUUGGGCAUGUGGUACCUGUGCGUCUAUCCUCUAAGGGGAAUGUCCCAAUUGCGGACAAAAAUACUUUCGAGGUUGAGGCUGGACCCACGCAGGAUGAUCUCACUCCUGACGCUGCUGAUGACAAUAUCAAAUUAUCGCAUGCUAACGAAGGGAAAUUAACCCUUCUGGUGACCAAUGGCGAGACACCAGAGGAGUUGGGGAAGCGUGACUUGAGCGGUGAAACCUUGCGUACAAGCGAACUAUCCAACAACCGCGCUCGCAGCGGCCUCACAUUAAUUCCUGAAAUUAGCAUCCCCAUCUUUUCGUCAUCCCAUCGACCGGACGAUGCGGUUUCAGGCAUUUCACCUCCACACACCCCUUUAGAAACAGGUUCCACGACACGUCCCGGCAAACGGAAGCGAAGUGCAGCUGCAACUCUGAAUAGCCCCGCCUUGAACACACGUUCUAAGACGAAGGAUGUUGCUGAAACCUCCAGUCAAGCAUCGUUUUCAUCACCCCCUGUAUCUACUUCCAGCCAAGGGAGCGGAGGUUCGCGACAUUACAUUUUGGCUCGUCAACUUGGGCACCCGAGGCCCCAGGCAUCCAUCAGUUCAACUCACAGUUCUUAUUCGAAACCACAGUUUCGACCUUACGUUUCCAUACCCCCGAAAUCAUCCUUCCAUCAUCACAAGAACCCCGCAUCCGAACGCGCAUUGGAGAGGGGAACACCAGCUUCUCCAACAGCAGACUUACCCCUCACACGCUCUCAGUGUCGUUUCCACAAAGUUUCAGCCUCAGGAACAAGACCAGAAUCUUGUGUUUAUCUCGUCAUUCCAGGGUGCUCUCUCGGCGCUACAACUGUAAUGGAAGAAGAGAGUAUUGUGGACUGUGGGAUAGCGACGAACGAGGACAACGCGAGAAAGAUCACUGACCUCUCGAAGAUAGAGCCACACUUAAUCAGCAUCUUCCGGAAACUCGUAGGACCAGACGCGAUGAAUGAGGGAGUUUGUGGGUACCUUCCUGACCCAGCUGCAUUGAAAGCCCCCCUAUCGCUUGCUCUACCCACAGAAACAGUUCCGGAUCGAGCAUCCAAUGUUCCACCUUCAAUGGCCAAGAGAAAGAACAGAUUCUCAGCCCCUGAUGUUGAGAGUGGUGAGGAGGAAGACGGCGACUCCACCCUUACUAUAUCUCCAACCAAACGUCCUGAACGCCGAACUCGUCGACGUAAACCUCGUCGAUCCAACCCGCACAGCGACUUGGCUGAUUACCAGCCGUCGAGCGACGAAAGUCCCAAUGCCGGAUACCCCCCGAAGAAGAGGGGUAAACGGGCUCGGUUGCAUAAUGCUCUAUCGUCCCCCCACGCCAGAACAGACACCUCCGAGUCCUCCCCAGUUGAUCUUGCUGGUACCGCUCUAGGUCAAGAAGAGACUCAUUCAAAGGGGCCUGGAUCCGACCCUGACACAAGUCGUGAUGAUUUCAACGAACCAAAGGCUUCCUCAGCCCCAUCUCGUGCGGACACGCAGACAUCACACACAAUACGUCGCAAACGCAAGCGCCAACCUCGUGAUCCGGGAUCUCUUGCUUAUAGGCCUGGCGAGGACGAGGAGAGCGAGCCGGACAAGGAAGAGCUGAUGCCUAAGAGCAAAAGACACCGCCAAAAACCUGCCUUGAGUAAAGCCCAGCCAACCUUUCAGAACGGAGAUGCCGAUGAGCCGAAGGACAGCCCUCGUGGUGAGGAACCAAGUGAAGAGACACCAAGGGAGGAUACGAGACGGCCUCAUGAUCAACCUAAUUCACCCUGGAUCCCUUCAAGAUCGGCAGAGUAUGUGACCAAGCUAAAUGCGCGUGUGAUUAGUAACCCCGAUUGAUCCCCCACUGAUCACGCCAGCCAAAUUUGUCGGCAGCAUAUUGUAAAUCUUGCCCUAUUGUCUUUACAAUCCAAGCACAAGGAUUUCUGGAGUGAUGGGAUUUGCUUUCUUACACCGACUCUUUGCGAUCGCAACAGAAUCAAAUCGAACCUGAGUACAUGAUUGUUGCUAAGCAGCCCUUGUC